AGGUUUAAGACUUCGCAGUCUCUCUUAUUUCAUUUCAUCACUAUCUUCUCCGUCGGCCACUGACGAUUUCUAUCAAAUUUCGAUCCGUUCAAUUCGCCGUCCGCCACCUGAAGGCCCGAUUCUUCACUCUUUCUUCCGUCGUCUUCCGCUCUCGAGCCACCACUGCAUUGCUUUGUCGCAGUUUUGCAGGGUCAGUGGUCAGCUGUUGUUCAUUAGGGUUUAAAAGAGAUGAAGACGGUGGUAGGGAUGGUAGUUUCCAAUAAGAUGCAGAAGUCGGUGGUGGUGGCAGUGGACAGGCUGUUCCAUCACAAGCUCUACAACCGAUACGUGAAGAGGACCUCCAAGUUCAUGGCCCAUGAUGAGCAGAAUCAUUGCAACAUCGGUGACCGAGUUCGAUUGGAUCCAUCGAGGCCUCUGAGCAAGCGCAAACAUUGGGUUGUGGCUGAAAUCCUCACCAAAGCACGCAUCUACCAGCCUCCUUUACCAUCAGAUUCACCUCCAGCUUCAACACAGACUACAUCGUGAAGCUUUUUGUUGGGACUCUGAGACGUUGACAAGACGGUAGAUUUAGCCAAAAAGAAGUUCCUGUUCUUACUCGAGUAUGUUGUUUGUAUGGGUGAAUGUUUUUCUCUUAAAAUCCAGAAACUAAGAUAGGAGGGAUUUAUACCUCCAAUCCUGUACUGAAUUGUCAAACCAGCCAGAAUUGUUCAAGCUUUGUUUUAGCAACGAAGUUAUUGGUUGAUUACAUUGUUACCGCGAAAAGUCUAGAUAUCUUGAUGUGUAUAUACACAUGGUACAUAUAUGUAUACAUCUAUUCCAUUUUGG